AGGUGGUGUAUGGUAUCAAGUCGAGAGGCAAGCGAGGUUGGGGUGGAGUGCAACUGCACAGCUGCACAAGUUUAUUAGCCCUCACCUUCUUUGAUCUCUCAUCAAUCUCCCAAUUCUCAGCUAAUGGAGCAUGGAGCAUGGAGCAUGGAGCAUCGAGCUACCUCCCACACCAUGCACACCUCAUGCUGCCAUUCAGCCAUCCAACCCUCCCCCCCACACGCCCCACGAUCCCACGAUCCCACGAUCCCACUCCAUUCACUCAUCUCCUUCCUCGCACCUCCUCCAACUACUCUGUCUCAUCUUGUUCAUCUUUUCCCACAGUCCCAGUCUAUCCACGUCAUCUUGCUCACCACUAAAGCCCUUCUCUCCUCACCAGACACUCACAAUCACACGGCGCGUCCAGCUGUCUCGGCUCCAACACUAGUUCGCACCAGUCCGCACCCGUCCGCACCAGUCCGCACCACUGUGAUCAACGCCGCCGGGGAUACCACCACUUGACUCUCUCACAAUGACGCAUCCUGUAGUUGCGAUCCCUGGCCAGCGUAGCCCAUACGUGAAGGCCGCGGCCUCGGCCAUCCCUCGGGCCCGACAUCUAUCACGGGCAGUCAGCAGCCUUCCUUUGUCGCCGUGUCUCAACCACGCCAGGAGGCUCAUUGCCAGUGUAUAAAAGGUGAGCAAGAGUUGAUCAUCCCCUCUC